UCACGGGCCAUGUUUCAUUUCAAUGAAUAAUGAUCUAAUUUGGAGGCCGGCCACGCUCCUCUGGCCAGGACACGAGGCUCCUUCUGCAAGAGCCAUGUGCGUCUUACCGGUAGCAGAGGGGAAGGAAAAGAUGCUCCACCGAGGGCUUUUGUCUGGAGAUUGGCUUCUGCAACAGCUGAAAGCCAAGUGUGUAUUGGUUGCCGGGGGGGGGGUCUGCUUGACGGGGCUUUGGAAAAGGAGCGAGGGAAGCAGCCCCCUUUUUUCUCUCCCUCCGCCGCUUUGCAAUGAAGUGACCGAGAGGAGCGUCAGCGAAGGAGCCUGUUUUCCUUUUGCGAAAGGGACCCACCCCGAGGGAGGGCGGAGCCUGCCUUUCUUCCCCUCGCCGCUCGUGUCCCGCCUUUGCUUUCGCCCAGCGCCGAUGCCGAGGGCUGCCUUGUGCCAGUUAACUUUCCGAAUUGUUUGGAUUGCUUUCUGGAGGCUUUGCAUUGCCACCUUAAAUCAUGGACAUCGCUGGCUUUCUGAAGUCUCAAUUCAUUUGCCACCUCCUUAUCAGUUAUGUAUUUAUAGUGUCGGGACUGAUAAUCAACUUCAUUCAACUCUUCACAUUAAUCCUCUGGCCGUUCAACAAGCAACUUUUCAGGAAGGUCAAUUGCAAGCUGGCUUAUUGCAUUUCAAGCCAAUUGGUAAUGUUGCUGGAAUGGUGGUCGGGCACAAUUUGUACCCUCUACACGGAUCCCCAGAAUUAUGAAAAGUACGGGACAGAGAAUGCCAUCGUAAUCCUUAAUCACAACUUUGAAAUUGACUUUCUCUGUAGCUGGAACUUUUGCGAAAGAUUUGGAGUCUUGGGGAGUUCCAAAGUACUUGCAAAAAAAGAGCUUGCUUCUAUGCCGAUCAUUGGCUGGAUGUGGUACUUCCUUGAGAUAGUUUUCUGCACGCGAAAGUGGGAGGAAGAUCGGAAAAAUGUCGUGCAAGCCCUGCUCAAUCUCCGGGAUUAUCCUGAAAACUUCUGGUUCCUGAUUCACUGUGAAGGCACCAGGUUCACAGAGCAAAAACACAAAAUCAGCAUGCAGGUAGCUGAAGCCAAAGGCCUACCCAAGCUCAAAUAUCACCUGCUGCCACGGACAAAGGGAUUUGCUGUCACCGUCCAGUGUUUGAGAAAUGUAGUUUCAGCCGUGUAUGAUUCUACACUGAACUUUAGAAAUAAUGAGAAUCCAACUUUGCUGGGAGUUUUAAAUGGGAAAAAAUACCAGGCAGAUUUAUAUGUGAGGCGGAUUCCAUUAGAGGAAAUCCCAGAAGAUGAGCAGGAAUGUUCUAAAUGGCUUCACAAACUCUAUCAAGAGAAGGAUUCUUUUCAAGAGGAAUACUACAGAACAGGAGCCUAUCCUGGCACUCCCAUAGUGCCACCCCGGCGGCUGUGGACUCUAUUGAAUUGGCUCUUCUGGGCCAUAUUGUUGCUGUAUCCUUUGUUCAAGCUGUUCAUCAACACGAUCAGCAGCGGCUCUUCGCUGACUCUGGCAAUGUUUGCCUUUGUUUUCAUUGCAGCUACUGUUGGUAGUCGAUGGAUGAUAGGAGUUACGGAAAUAAACAAAGGCUCGACUUACGGCAACCACGGUCACAAGGACAAAUGAAAGUGAAAACUCCAGAGACUGCUUCAUACCCAAAGGGAACAUGCACGUCUCCCGUGGACUGCAGUCUAUCAUUCUCCUUCAAAUCUACGGAGCCGAAUGCAGUGAGAUGGCCAUGAAUUCAUUCUCUUUGCCCCUUAUUCCUCCCACUCGCAGGGGAUAUUGGUUCAUAGUCUGCACAUUGUUUUCAAAUUUUCCCCUAUUCAAAUUAAGGAAAAUAAAAUAUGCAAUGACAGUGUAGCAAGCAUCUGAAGGAAUUGAUGAUCGGUUUCUUCUUCCUUCUUCCCCAUAAUCUUUAGCGGAUUAACACUGUCAAUCCGUUUUAUAAGAAAGUGAAAUUUAUUUUCUCCAGAAGAACCUAAGGAAACCUAUCAUGACUAAUAGCCAUUGAGAAGCCUUAUCACCCAUGAAUUUGUUCAAUCCCUUUUACAAACUCUCUGAAGUUAGCCAUCACACAUUGAGGCAGCAAGUUUCAUUGUUUAAUGAUGUGCUGUGCGACAUUCUCCCUUUCGUCUGUCUUUAAUUUCUUACCAUCUAGUUUCAUUGGAUGACCCUGAAGUCUAGUACAGUGGAACCUCGGUUUUAUGAACACCUCGGUUUACGAAUUUUCGGUUUAUGAAUGCCGCGGACCCGUCUGGAACAGAUUAAUGCAUUUCCAUUACUUUCAAUGGGAAAGUUCGCUUCAGUUUAUGAACGCUUCAGUUUAUGAACAGACUUCCGGAACCAAUUGUGUUCAUAAACCGAGGUACCACUGUAUCAUGAGGAAGACAAAAAUUUUCACACUUUUUCUACACCAUAAUUUUGUCUCCUCCUUGAUUUUUCCCUAAAGAACCUCCAAUGUUGACCUUACUUCAGCCCCCUGAUAAUUUCAGUUGCCCUUUUUGUGUGUUUUACAGCUCUACAGUGUACUUUUUAAGCUGCAGUGACCAGAAAUGUGCACAGCAUUCCAAGUUUGGCAAUAUAUAUUUCUAUAAGGAAGUUUUAUUCUCAGCCCUCUAUGCCCUUUCACAGCAGUUGGGUACAUGGCUGUCUUUUAUUGGGCUGUCCACCUUCCCAGUUACUGUCAAAUUUGACCCCAGCACUGUACAUGGAAAGUUAGCGUUGGGGACAGAAACUUUUUACAGUUAAUUUUAUUGCUCAUUCACCUCUUUCAGAACUCUCUGCAGUCCCUUUUUGUUUUUAACCACUCUGAAUAAUUAGGUCAUAUCAUAAACUCUGACACACCACUGCUCAUCCCUAUGAAAAAGUUAAAAAAAACCACCACCCACUCCAAUACAGAUAUUACCGGGGACCCUGUUUACAUCCCUCCACUAUGAGGCUCUGCUUCCUGUCACUUAACCAGUUACUGAUCCAUGAGAUCUUACCUGCUCCUUUGCCAUUAUUUCUAAGUUGGUUCAGAGCUUUUGGUGAGGGACUUCAUCAGAAGCAUUUUGAAAGUCCACAUGCCUUGUUCACAUUCAAAUUAAGGGAUAGUGAGACAGGACUUGUCUUCUGAAGGGUUGUGUUUAGCAAGGAUUGUUGUUCUGUAGAUAAAGCUGCCCUGGAACAGGCAUUACAUUAAGUGGCCUGUAAUUUCUUGGGCUCCUUUUUAGAAAAUGGUGUUACACGGAUUGCUUGGAUGUUGAUACUUCUGGCAGUGGGGCUCAGCACUUCAUCUGCUGGCAGCUCACAAGAUGCUUGGACCUUUCAAGCUUGCCUUACUUUUCUACUCUUGCCUAGCUUUUCCCUGCUUCUGUUUCCAGUUUUAGAUUAGGAAAGCCCAGUCGUAACAUGGUAGUUCCUGUUUGGAAGUGGCAAAUUUCCCUUCACCAAAGGAUGUCGUGUUCUGAGCAACUUUUGCCCCAAAUUUCACUGUACAAUUCAUGCAGGGACAGAGAAGGUAACUUGUGCUAGAAUGAAUGAAACUGGCUGACAUCACUUGUUGUAGAAGGAUCUGUUCCAUUAGAGAGGAACCUCAAGAUUUUGUGGGUGAUGUCUUAGUGUAGUUUGGCUGUUGCCACAGUAGCUAUGCAGUCAAUAUAUAAAUGUACCAUGUCAUCAGCAAAAUGGACAAGUGUUGAAGAAUUGGCUGAUGCAAGCUGUUAGAAAGACUGCUGUUCGGUAAAUGCUGAAUGUGUUUACAUUCAUUGUGUGUAAGUCUGCAAAGAUUGGUGGGUUGUACAAUAACAUUGUCAGUGCCUUUAUAAAUUGUGUGGGAAGGUGAGGGUUGGAAGUGCAGGUAUCAUAGGCACCAUAUGAAGAGAAGCUGCACCUGCUUUUAAUGAGUAUAAUAAGACUCAUUUUGAGUUAAAAGCUGGUAAUUUUUAACUGUGUAUCAUAGGACAGGAAUCUUUACAGCUACUUUCCUUGUUACAAGCAAGUACUAGGGUUUUGUUUUCAUUUCUCAUUUUUAUUUUUGCUGUGAGUAAAGGAUCUAUCCAGAAUUCAGCACUGUAAGCAUGUUUGAGAAAUCACUUGUCCUCAAACGUACUUAAUCUGGGCUAAAUCAUGUACUUGGUAAGCAUAUUUGACCUUACCAAUAACCGCUAGCAGCACUAAGCAAAGCAGGGUCCAGGUAUGCUUUCAAAUUGGAUGGGGGCCACGUGUUGGACUAGAUGACCCUACAAGUGUAUUAUUUUAUAUGCUGCUUUUUUCCUUUGGCUGUUUGGAGGUGUACUAGAAAUCAUUUCAACAAUAUCUGAGGCCUGAACUGGUGGUGGAUAAGUGUUUCGACUACGUCAGACCAACAUGGCUACCUACCUGUAACUUUUGGAAGAGGAUUAUUGUUACUUUCAUACCUGAUUCAUUCCUUGCACUUCCUCAAAUUCUUCUAACUGCAGUGAGAGUUAGAGGCAUAAACAGUCAAGGUUUAAGAUGAUCUAUUAUGCUUGACAUUCCGAAAACCUAAAAUUUGAACACUGAAUGUUCCCCACAAGUGGGCAGGUAAUGAGAAAAAUAUCACCUGAGAUUUAAAGGAUACUUGCCAAAAUAACAAAUUUUGACUCUGGUUUGGUGUAUUAAAGCAAUUUCGUAUUGUCUUGUUAAGUAUCAAUGUUCACGCCCCAUUAACAACUGUAUGUUUUAAAUUGCCUUAACAAAAGUAAUAUUAAAUAUUAUGUUUAUACAAAAAUAAAGAUGUUAAAAUAAUGUUUAGUUUGUAAUUUUCAUGAAUCUACAUUACCCAAUAACUUGAAACUGAUAAGAUAGAAGAGGGCCACAGCUUGAAACAAUAUAAUGGAAGCAUUCAGUUGUCUUUGCCUUUAAGAACAGAUAAUAUAUUCUACUGCGCUCUUCACAGUUUACAGGUUUUUAAGAUG